ACGUCUUGGACAUUCUCCCUCUGCCUUCGAAGUAGAAAUUAAGCAAUUCCUUCAGCGAUCCUUACCGAUACUGUAAUUAGCAUAACCGGUACAGUCACAUAAAUCCGUAGGAAGAAAUAAACUGCAUUCAUAAAGCUAUCGUAUUGUAAAUAGAUAUGAUGAGGCGCAUCUGUAUGCUUGCGCCACAGGCUUCAUGCGCGCAACACGAAGAUCCUCCUUGCGGAGUCGCUUCUGCCGUCGCGCAAAAUCAAAGGAGAGGCAAACCGAACACACACUGAACCGGAGCAAAUCGAGGAGUGAGAAACCGACAAAAAGCCAAGCCCAAAUCUCCCCUCCGUCCUCUCCCGAGCCCCGACCCCAGUCCAAGAAAAAGAAAAAAGAAGACAAAACCCCCAUCGAACACGCAAAAACAAGACCUCAAGACCGUAGACAAUUUGGCCCCUUCAGAUAUUUGACCGCUCCCCCUCUUCUCCCCUUUUUCACGUCUUCAUCGCGCACAAUUGCAAUCGGCCCAGAAGUCAUUUCCCUCCCCUUUCCCCCGCAUGCAUGGCUGGGCCAUGUCGCUCCACAAUGUUGCUCCGUCGCCGCCGCCCCAAGAGGUGCGGCGGAAUCUGUUGACUUUCGAGUAACCCACCACCACCCCUCUGAAGAUUCUGCUUCACUCAUUGGUCUUCCUGCAUAGCCGCAAUGAAGAUGGCCUGGCCGAACCAUGGUGGUUGCCGACCUCAUGACAGAUACCGACCGGUACUCAGAAGGGAAAGAGAAAAAUGAAAAGGGAACCUAAAGGAAAUCAUAAAAAGAAGACGACAAAAACAGGAAGUAAAGAAAAGUUGUGAAGCAAACAGAAAAUAUGUUUAACCCGUCAUGAUCGAUUACCGCUGCC